AGCCUUCGCGCCCCUGCAGGGUCCCUCCCCGAGGUCUCGGCGCGAUGAAGCCUGCAGCGGCUGGCCGCGCCUUCCUGUGCUCCUUCUGCCUGGCCCUCUGCUCCCUUUGCUGCGCGCAGGUGCUCUGGAGAAGUGGCGACCACGAGUGGAAGAAGCUGAUUAUGGUUCACCACUGGCCUACGACCGUGUGCAUGGAAGUCGGAAACAACUGCAGGAGCCCCCCGGAUUACUGGACCAUACACGGACUCUGGGCCGACAAAGCGGAGGAGUGCAACCGCUCCUGGCACUUCGACUUGAACGAGAUUAAGGAUCUGUUGCAAGACAUGAAGGUGUACUGGCCCGAUUUCCUCCACUCGCCUUCCAAUCGCAGCUCCUUCUGGAAGCACGAGUGGGAGAAGCACGGGACCUGCGUCGCGCAGCUGGAGGCCCUCAACUCCCAGCAGAAGUACUUUGGCAAGGGCCUGGACCUGUACCGCGGGCUCGCCCUGAACAGCGCGCUGCUGAAGCUGGGGAUCCGGCCGUCCGGCAACUACUACCAGAUUUCAGAUAUCAAAGAUGCCCUUGCCAGCCUGUACGGGGUCGUCCCUAAAGUCCAGUGCCUUCUGCCACAGCAGGACGAGGAGGUGCAGGCCCUCGGCCAGAUCGAGCUCUGCUUCACGAAGGACCUGCAGCUGCGCAACUGCACGGACCCCGGGGAGCCGCCGCGGGAGCCCGCGGGCGGCAGGGGGCGUGCGCGGCCGGCGGGGGCGCUGUGGGGCCUGGAGGUCUGCGAGGACGGCCCGGUCUUCUACCCCCCGCCCCCCGAGGGCGGGCGCUGAGGCCCCGCCCCGAAGUGCGCCGGUUCGGUUGGGAGCGCAGGAGACCCUCGCCGAGCGCGGCGGCGGCGCGGCCCCGUGUUCCUGGCGGCCGCCGUUCAGCCCGAUCGUUCUGCUUUCACGUCUCGUCUGAGAGUGGAGUUUGCAGUGCUCGGAAUAAAGCCACGUUUUCUCUUUUUC